AUGGCCUCCGCUCAAGCUCCGGGCUCAUCUGCGCCUUCAUCCAAUAUCAACUCCCCCAUUAUACCUCCCAGUAAUGGCCCUCUGCUUAACGGCGCACUCUCAGAUCUGAAUUCGCGCUCCUCUCCAGCUCCAGGAAGCAAUGCAUCAGUACAAGGGGAUGCCCGCGCAAAGCGGAACAAGCGUGACAGUCGCAAGAAACGCGAAGCAAAAGGCCUCGAUCCUGAAAGCGCACCACCACCACCCAAGAAACGUGCAGCUGCAGCUAGUCUUGCACUCCCCAGCUCAAAUCUAUCCAUACUCCGUCCUCUCCUACUCGCCGAACCACGCUCCUCAGAUCGAUAUCCUCCACAACCUCGCCAACUGAGCUACGUCACCAAAAAGUCCUCCGGCGUUCUCGGCCAGAGCUGGGACUUCUAUGAAGUCGUCGAUAAGCUCACAAAUAAGAACGGCUUCCGCUAUUCCUACGCCAUUGCCGACCCAGGCUUUCCCCAUAUUAAAUAUCGCCAAACGGACGUCCGCCCCUACCAUGCCCGAUUCAGUUUCGAGGACUCCCCAGCCGCCAUAUCCUUCUCGCAAGAUGCGACGGCGGUAACGACCAAUGAUGCGUGGCAUACAGCGCGUGCAAAUGUGUGCGCCAGAGAGGGAACAUACUACUACGAGGCGCGGGUGAUAAGUGGCGUUGUCAAUGAUUCACAGGCUUCCCCUCGACCCGGUGGUCCUGCUUCUUCAUCUCGUGGUCAUGUCCGGCUAGGAUUUGCCCGGCGCGAAGCCGAUCUCGACGUCAAUGUCGGAGUUGAUUGCUACGGAUACGGAAUCCGAGAUGUCAACGGUGAAGUGGUUAAUCGGAUGCGCUGCGAGUUUUUCUUCCCGAAGGGCGAAGCUAUUAACGAAGGCGAUGUCAUCGGCAUGCUCAUUACACUACCGCCUCUAGCUACACACAAGAAGAUUGUCGAGGGAACCUAUGAUCCAACCGUGGAUGGAUCUGAUUUCUGCUGGCAGCAGUCGAACGUCUUUUCGACCAAACAUCUCCGCGACUACGCAUUCAACUUGAAAGAAACACCUACCUUCGGCCACCCCUCUCCACUGAACAGUGAAGAUGCCUCUCUGCGCACACUUCCCGGCUCCAGCAUAACGAUCUUCAAAAAUGGAGUCAAGAUGGGAUCUCCAUUCAAAGAUCUCUACGCCUUCCUCCCACCAGCUAGUCGUCUAGCAAACGGCACGAAUAACCUCGGCAUCGGCGAGCGUGAAAAUGCAGACGACGGCAUGAUCGGCUACUAUCCCGCUGUCAGCUGCUACGGCGGCGGCGCAGUUGAAUGUCGAUUCGAAGGGCCGUGGUGGGUAGGACCACCCGAGAAGACCGAGACCGGCGAAUUCAUCCGUCCCUUCGGCGAGCGAUUCAAUGACCAAAUUGUCGAAGAUGUUGUUGCUGAUAUCGUGGAUGAGCUUGAGGCAAUGUUUACAUGGGGCGGUGUGGAUGGCGAUGUCAUUGGCAAUAACAAUACGCCGGAUGGAACUGCUUCUGGCGCUGUCGGUGGCUCGGAGAUUUUACAAGGUGGUGUUGGGGCUGCGCUUGAUUCGGCAAUUCUUGCACCGGAGUCUGGCUCGGCGCCUGGUGCUGCGGCGGCUUUUGAUUCUGCGGCCAAUAGUAACCAGGCUACACCUGCUGCGAUUGCUGAUGUCUCUGCGACUCCGGUGGGAGAUGGGAUGAGUAAUGGGGUAGAUGGGACACCGAGUAUUAGUGUGGAGAUGCCUGUUGCUAAACAGGAUGAAGAUGUUGAGAUGACGUGA